CUCCUUGUUUUCAUUUUGAGGGAAGCUUGCGCUUAGCAAGUGCAAGGCCAUGUCACUCUCUGUAAACCCCCAAUCCUCUAAGCUUUUCUCUCUCCUCCCCGCCAAACCUCUCUCUCUCACCACUGCACUUCACAAGCUCGCACCGCCCACAACCAUAAAGUUUCAGAGAAAAUUACACACACUCUUACCCUCUGUUAACUCAUCUUACUCCAUUCAAAACGACUCUUUCGAAGAAGACCAUGUAAUCGGUGACUGCGUUGUCUUCGAAGAAGGCAUAUUCGACGACCCUUAUCUCCAAAACAACACCAAAGUCGAUACUUUUAACCCAACCAAAGCAAAACCCAGAAAAGCUAUCGAUGAAAUUGGGUCUGAGAACUUGGUUCCGGACCAAUGGAGAGAGGUACAAGCAGAGAUUAACAUAACGAAGAAAGAGAGGCGCAAGAUAGCUCAAGAAGUGCAGUUUGGUACGAGGGUCGAGAAGCGGAAGAAGGGGUUAGAGCCCAUAAGGGAUUUGAAUUUGGAGGAGUACUUGGCGUACAGAGAGGCCAAGUUGAAUCAAUUGAAGCCUCUUGUUUUGGAUGACGCUUCAGGUUUGGCUCAGGUCGAGUAUGCUGAAGCUAAGGAGUUGAAAGAUAAUGAAGGUAAUGAUGGGUCUUUGAGUGAGCGAGUGGCGCCUAAGAAUCCAAGGUGGGCGGUUUAUGGGAAGGGUCUGGAGGAUGUUACUGAGUUCUUUAACAGUGAGCAUUAUGAGCCUGGUGCUAAGAAAUCUGAAGGACCCCGAAAGUUGUUUACGAAAGAGGAGAAGGCUAUGCUAAAUAAGCGAAAACCUGAUAUAGCUGCUGCCACCUCUAUCAAAUGGCUACCACUUCACACUCUUGCUGCAUCAGGAGAAUUUUACCUUAUGGAUGCUUUAUUGAAACAUAAUGCUGAUAUCAAUGCUGUGGAUAAGGAUGGUUGGAAUUCCCUUCAUAAAGCAAUUCUUGGUAAAAAUCAGGCCAUCACGAACUAUCUUUUAAGAGAAUCAGCUAAUCCGUUUAUUCGUGAUAAAGAUGGCGCCACCUUGAUGCAUUAUGCUGUCCGAACAGCUUCCAGUCAAGCAAUUAAAAUUCUUCUGUUAUAUAAUGUUGAGAUAAACCUUCAGGACAAUGAUGGAUGGACACCAUUACAUCUAGCUGUUCAAGGCCGAAGAACAGAUGUGGUGAGGCUUUUAUUGAUUAAAGGAUCGGAUAAGACAUUGAAGAAUAAGGAUGGUUUAACCCCUCUUGACCUUUGCCUCUAUUCUGGUCAAGAAACAAGGACCUAUGAGCUAAUUAAGCUGUUGAAGCUUCUUCCAAAGCCACGCUAAUUGGUUAAUAUUCGAACCACAAAUAUACCUGAUCAGUGUUUCGGCUGCCCAAAUGAUCUAAUGACAAGCCGGGGUUUGAUCUAUACCAUAACUUUUACAUAAAAGUUUCAGCAUUUCAGAUGAUCAUCCAUCAGUCCAACUUACCAGUCACAAGAGCCAAGUACCAACCACAAUAUCAACCAGAGAAGGCCUGUAAUUUUGUAUUUGUUUGUAAUUAAAAAAUCAUUGAAAAUGAAUUGUAGGAUGCAAAUUUUUUUUUUUUUUUCCUUAAAUGAGAAAAUCCCAUUAAUAAUUUGGGCCGGUUCAUGUUAUGCUUGAGUCUGCAUCAGCAUGGCACAUGCUCAACACAAUCAAAUGGAGCUUGACACGUACAGGCAUGACAUCUAUGCAUGAAGCAGAGUGUGCUAGAAUCGUGGUGAAACAGAGUAUCCUCUUUGUUUUUUUGGGUCAGCGAGUAUCCUAAACUCUACGUCCUAACAUUAUGUCAUGUGUCGUAACAUUAUUUCGUAAUAUUAUGUAAUACCUAGCGUUAUGCCAUGUGUCGUAACGAUAUGUCA